UGUAUAAUUAAAAACAAACAGACUAAAACAAACAAACUUUUUCUUGUUUUCCAGGGAGCAUCGUAAGUGCAUCAUUGGCUUCUGCUUGGAGUGUCACUUUGAUCGGAGUUGACCGUUUUAUCUUCAUAGUUUAUGGACUUUAUUAUAACAGUUGGAUGACAACGAGAAGGGCCAGGUUGAUGAUUGGUUGCUCGUGGCUUAUAUGCCUUUUAAUUGGAUUUUCUCCAGCUAUGGGUUGGUCCUAUCCUGGUGAUGGAUCAAAGUGUUGGUAUAUCACAGUGGCUACGCGAGAACAUAUCUUAUUUACCGUUAGUAUUGGUAUUUUUCUUCCACUUGGGAUCAUAGUGGUGUUGUAUGCUUUCAUUUUGUACAAAGCCAUCCGCCAUGUGGACAAUAGAAAAAGUAGCACGAAAUAUAACAAUCCAGAAAACAUUCACAUGCUCAAACCCAAUUCUCAGUCAACGUCAGAAUUUUCAUUGUCUAGGAGUCAAGGAUCUAGGAGACAAAUGCUUACCACACAUGAUCCGAACUAUAUAAACACUUCUCAGAAGAAGUGGAAAGCCAUCAAAGUGGUGCUUUUUACCCUCAGUGCUUUUAUUGUGUCGUGGUUUCCCUAUUUUAUCGCUGUAGUCAUCUACGUUGUAAAACCGAAUGGGAAAUUAGCUGUGACUAUAGCUACUGUUUUGGCAGUUCUGGGAUUCCUUAAUUCCCUUUUAAAUCCUCUCAUCUACGCUUGGUGGCACCGUGGACUAAGGAAGUUUAUCGUUGAAGACUGUUUGUGUAGGAAGAGGAAAAGUUAUCGUCUCGGUACUACAAGAAGCAAAUCUAGUACGUCCAGUACUUCCAUCUCAAAAGGCAGCAGUUGCAACACAAAAUCCUCUGUUGUCUAAAAUACCAUUUCUGGCCGUUUACAAGUCUAACGUUAAAGAACAACAAAAGUAUAUUUUUUUGUGUGAAAUGACACUGUUUUUAGUGAUGAUAAUUUGUGUAAUGAAAGGGAAUUGAACUUU